CAGAGGUGCGUUUUUUUAGGUCGUUAUCAUAUUCACUGGACGGAUUUCUAUAAUUGACGUAUCACCUCUUAGUGUCACGCACGCAUUCACCUCAAGCUUGUGAGGACUAGUAUACAGAGGGCAGAUGGCAGUAUUGUUAUAAGUCUACUACCGUGGCUACAGGGUCCCGCUACAAAGGUUUUGCGACAUGUCAGACGAGCCCGUGUGUCUGGAUGAUAUCGAGGCUCUCGCUGGGAAGAACCUGAACGAAAGGUCUUACGCGUAUUUCGUCAGUGGUGCCGGCGAGGAGGACACUUUAAAAGAGAAUAGACAGGCGUUUAAAAGAAUAAAGCUACGGCCGCGUAUGCUCCGCGGUAUCUCACAUGUAGACCUGCGCACGAGUGUGCUUGGUCAUCCAAUCAGCAUGCCCGUAUGUAUUGCACCAGUUGCUGUUCAGAAAUGUGCUCACCCGGAUGGAGAGAUUGCCACGGUCCGAGCUGCGGCAGGUCAAGACAUCGCCAUGGUGCUUAGUAUGUAUGGCACAUCUACAUUUGAGGAGGUAACCGCGGCAUCACCGCAGGCGCUCAAGUGGUUCUUGAUUUACAUAUUGCGAGACAGACAUCUUUUCACCUCUCUCGUGAGGCGCGCUGAGAAUGCCGGGUACCAAGCUCUGGUACUCAACGUGGACUCCCCCGUGGUGUCUGGGUUAGUGAACCGGAGAUGCCUAAAAGCUGGCCGUGUGAUUGGGCAGCCUGGAGACCCGUCAUUGGCUCUUCUAGAAGAUAACGAUGAUAACGAGAUAGUUGAACACGUGAUCAGCUGGGAGAGCGUUGAUUGGGUAAAGUCUGUGACCAGACUGCCGGUUGUGCUGAAGGGGAUUCUGACUCCUGAGGACGCGAGGCUUGCGGUGGAGCACGGGAUUGACGGGAUCAUGGUGUCCAAUCACGGAGGACGCCAGCUAGACGGUGUCCUGGCUUCGAUUGAGGCUUUGCCUGCGAUAUCGGAGGCCGUGCAGGGGAAACUGGAGAUUUUUAUGGACGGAGGAGUGAGACUGGGUACGGAUGUCUUCAAGGCAUUAGCGCUUGGCGCCCGCGCCGUGUUCAUUGGCCGUCCGGUGAUAUGGGGACUUGGCUACAAGGGUGAGGCGGGUGUGCGUAAGGUCCUUGGUCUCUUGCGGGAAGAGCUACGACUCGCAAUGAUACUCUCGGGCUGCGGGUCCUUGGCAGACAUCACCCGCUCACACGUCAUCACCGGUAGAGCUUCAUCGCAACUAUGAAGACAUCUUGACUAUUGACGUUACGUCAUUACAACUAUGAUGGCAUCAUUGGCAUCGCGACCGUCAUUCAUAUCAUUGACGUCACUUCAUCGGUAAUAUGAUGUCAUUGGUUUUUUUGUCACGUCAUCACGACUAUGACGUUAUCAUUGGUGUCAAGUCGAGGCUCUUAGCUCAUCAUUAAAAUUCAGUAGUUGCAGGUAUGUGAGCAUUUUUGUGUUUCCUAGACAUGACGUCUAUGACGUCAGCGAAUGGCACGUCACCGUGACUUUGACGUCAUGAUAAAAAGCAGGGAACGUAGUGAAGACUAAAAUAGUGUCGUCAUCAAUGUCACAGUGUCAACUUUCACGCCCUAUACAGUCGUUUGACAAAAGGUUGUCAUCAACCGGCUUUGCGACUUACGCGACAAGCCCGCAUGUAAGCAUGGGUAAAAACCACUGAAGCGCUUAGCUGCAUAUAUUAGCCACGCAUAACUUCAGACUUAGACGUGGUAGCGGUGGCUAAUAAAUGCAGCUAGGCGCUACAGUACUUUUUACCCAUGCUUACAUGCGGGCUUGUCAAGUAGUCGCAAAAUCGGUUGACGACAACCUUUUGUCAAACGACUGUAAAUAAAGAUCCAAUAUCAUACAAUUCUGGUAAUUUCACCGAUUGCUUAAGGAAGAAGGGGCGGUGGUAUAAAAUUCCAUUCACCCAAUCCAGUUUAUGGAUGUAUAAUUUAGUCACAAUUAACUCGGAUAUGUCAAUCACAGUUUAAUGCAGCUUUUUAUGAAUCUAUAAAGCCAUAUCCAAUCACUAAAAUCUAUAUUUCUAACAUCAACUUUACACAAAUAAGCUAACCAAAGCGCUACCAAUCAGCAAUCACGGACUAUAUUGACACAUUAAGGGCUUGGUUCGUCACGUGACAACACGCGGGACACCUAAUUAUUCAAUUUAUCAUGAUGCAAUCAUACAACCCAUUUUCUUUCUUUUUGUUUUUGUAAAAAUGCUUUUAAGUAAUCAUUUAGUUGUUCAGAAAGGCGACGGUCAUACAAAUCGCAAAUAUUUCAAAUAAUAAUAAUAAUAAUAGUAAUAAUAAUAACAAUAUAUAGAAUAAAAAAAAUGGUGUUCGCUUGGAAUUGAUAAAUAGAAAAGCGCUUUAUAUGACCCGGACAUAACCACACGAGAGCCUAUUAUACAUGUCUUCCUAUCUGUAACGAAUUAUACCCAAGCAUUGGAAAUAGAGAAUUAGUUAAAUAUUUUUUUACAAGGAUUUUUGUUUUGUUUUGCUUGAUAAUGCGGAGGAUAGCGAUUCUCUCAUGCGAGUAAGGAAAACAUUUUGAAGUAUAUACCAGAUCCAUAUUUUGCUUCAAAAGAAAAACCACUAGAAAUGGUUGGCGUAAAUAGGUGGGAUGAAACAAUUUACGUUAACAGUGCUAAAAAAAAAACGUGUAAGCAUACUAAUCGUUAUGUUAUAUGGCAGUUUGCAGUUUAAAUGCCGUCAUUUUUUAAACAAUAAGGCUGGUUCGCUCUCAAGAGACUGGAACCAGUCUUGCUUUUUUUUUUCAGCGCUGUAAUUUCCAACUGCUUCAAGACUGGGGUGACUUUUCAUCAUCCGUAAAAAAAUGGUGGUUUUACUCCCUACCCCCUACCCCCACCACCACCACCACCACAGGUCGCCCUGACAUUGACUCCAAAAGUAUGUCUCGUUAUAAAAUGGGCUAUACUAUGCUUUGCCUAUAAACCUGGUUCAGGAUGACCAACCGAUUUGGCCAAUCAUCAAGCUUCUGGAUUUCUCCAAGGGCAGGAUCAGUUUAGUACGUUGGCUUUAGUAUCUUGACGAUGGGUAAACACCAUUUUUACUGUUAAAAA